GCAAUAUAUAAUUUUCACUGAAAAAACUCUUUUGCCCACGAUCUUAAAGCCCCCUCAACCCCACUCCCCGAAGCCUUUUUCCUUUUAGUCGCCAUCUUCAUACGAAAGUAACAACAUCGUUUCCCCCUUUUUCUUCUUCCUCUGUAAAACUGUGUAUCCAGCUAAUAGAUACACGAGCAUAUACGUCUCUACGUCUCAUCGUAAAUCGGAAACACGACAAAGAGUAUACGCACGCCUCGACUUCGUUCCAUGGCCGUGUAAGGACUGGCAAUUCGAGCGCCGCCGAUCAAGGUAUGGGCCUGUGUUUCUCGCGCGGCGAUGCGCCGCCACCGAAGAGGAGGCAGUCCAAGCGAAUCACGAACCACUCGGCGGACGGCAGCUUGGGGAGCAGCCGGUGGGCGAGAAUUCGGUCGUCGAGGAAGGAGGAGAACCUGAUCCACGAGCGGGCCCUGGCGGCGGCGAUUCUCUUUCAGCAGCAGAUGCAGGGCGGCGGAGGGGUGACGGCGCCGUUUGAUAGGUCGACCUCGUUGAGGUAUCCUAACGGGAACUCGAGGAGGAGCCACGGGUUGCCUCGGAGCUCGAGCACUAGGGCGCGGUCGCUUACUGAUCCUCUGCUUCAGCCUCACCAGCUUGUUAGUCAGGAUUCUACCAAACUUGAGAAUCUAGAGACCAACCAUUUUGUACUUGUUCAUGGUGGUGGAUUUGGUGCCUGGUGCUGGUAUAAAACUAUUGCAUUGUUGGAAGAAGUUGGAUACAAAGUUACAGCUGUGGAUUUGACUGGUUCAGGAAUUCAUUCUUGUGACUCAAACAGUAUUGCAAGUCUUUCGCAGUAUGCGAAGCCACUGACUGAUUUUAUGGAAGGCCUUACCAACGAGAAGGUAAUUUUAGUGGGGCAUGAUUUUGGUGGAGCGUGUAUAUCGUAUGCUAUGGAGAUGUUUCCUUCUAAGGUUUCAAAAGCUGUUUUUCUUGCUGCGGCUAUGUUGACGAGUGGACAAAGUACUCUUGACAUGUUCUCGGAAAAGGUGGAAUCAAAUGAUCUGAUGCAACGCUCACAGAUUUUUCUUUACGCCAAUGGGAACAAUCAGUCACCAACUGCUAUUGAUUACGACAAAUCUCUCUUGAGGGAUCUGCUAUUCAACCAAAGCCCGGCCAAGGACAUUGCAUUAGCAUCUGUCUCGAUGAGGCCAAUCCCAUUUUCUCCUGUUUUAGAGAAGCUUUCUUUAUCCGAAACGAAACAUGGGUCCGUGAGAAGGUUUUAUAUAGAGACACUAGAAGACAAUGCUAUACCGCUUGCUGUACAGGAAGGCAUGGUCAACAAAAGUCCACCUGAGCAGGUAUUCCAUCUCAAAGGCGCCGAUCAUGCACCGUUUUUUUCGAAGCCUCAAGCCCUGCAUAGAAUUUUGGUGGAAAUAUCAAGAAUCCCUUGAAUCUUCUUUAAGUGGAAACAUUUUGUGAACUCAUUUAUUCGCAAAAAGGCUGUACGUUGAUAGGUGUGGCUAAUCAGGUUUAUCUGGAAAACGGCAUCAAGUAUACGAGAUGUAUGUUUACGUAAAUUAUACUUUUCUAUCAGCUUCUUCAAGUAAUUGAGUUUUUAUAUAUGUUUAUUAAUAUUUUAGUGUUU